AUGGUCAUCUAUCCAACUCCACCGACGACGACUGCAGAGCCUUGCCCCUCUCGCUAUAGAUCGCUUCUGUUCGCAAAUGCAGCGAUAGCUACCCAGCCAAUGUUGUCCUCUGAUACGCGUGACGCCAUUUCAAACUCCGAUGCCUCACGCGCCUCCUCCCUCGAAACAGCACCGCGCCUGUAUUCGUCUAGCCUGCUAUCAGCAAUUUCUGCUUACCACAACGCAAGUCGCGUCCUCGACGCGCUCCAAGCCAAGCGUUUCUUCCCGCCCACCUCAAGUGCUACUGGCGCAGCUAAACGAAAGAAUGCUGAUGAUGCAGCUUUACUCGGAAAUGUACCCAAGAAACCAAGGAAUGAUCCAGAAAAUGUACCGGAACUAAACUUACAGCGCAAACGCAUUGAAAAGAUUGGUAAUCUUGUCAUCACCAGGAAAGUUCCGUCGACGUCACAAUCCCGAGACGUCAGUCAAGAACCGCAACGACCUCCUUCCCGAGCCACACCUUCAGGAACCAAUGGGCUACCUCCUGUAGCUGGCCCUUCAAAGUCAAGGUCUAGUUCCAAGCCUCCAUCUACCUCGUCUGCAGGGAUGACCUUUGCCCGGGUUCGGAAGAAAGGAAAGGAGCGGGAUGUUCUGGCGGGUAACGUAGCUGAACAUGAGGUUGAGGAGGACGUUCGACAGAUGAACUCGGAAGCGGAUGACUUACGAGAUCGCUCACGAGCGAGUAUAGCCAGCAUGACACCCGCUGCAAUGUCAAUUGAACUCGAGUUUCCUCCUUCGAAAUCUGGUGCUGUGGGAAAGUCCCGUGUACGACAUUUGAGGGAACAAGCUGGUGCAGUGCCGACUGCUGACAGUACAAGUGAAUUAUCAACACCGUCACGGACAGGCCGUGAUGGGGUCAUGCCUAUCGCAGAUCAAGAGACCCCCCAAAUCGCAAAAAACCGGCUUUUCCGUGGAGAGUCCAAACCACGCCCUGAACCAAGUACCUCUUCAGGAGGUGGAUCUGCGAAUGGAGAACCUCCAAGAUUAGCAAGGCGAAGGAGCUCCUUGAGUCUGCGUGGGAAACGUAGCAGUUCGGCCUUUGAAUCGACAGGAAUUAUCACCCUACCUCAUACUUCCGUUUCGGAUACUUCACUAUACAAGCAUAUUGACCCGGAACAGCCUGAAAGCGAACGCACUCGCCAGCUCCUCAUUUGGGUAUCAUCACGUGCGAAGGACCCAUCUGCUCAUCGUAAUCGUGGCCGAAAGUCCAUCUCAAAUCAGCCGUCGCGCGAUUCUGACCUGCCUACUCUUCCUCCCGGUGGCGCCGAGCUUCUGCAGGAGAUAGAAGAUGAACUCAUACGCCAAUUAGCGGAGAAGAAGAUUGACACUAGCGCAUACUCUGGACCUUCUGGAGUGAAUGGCUCAUGGAAGUUAAAAGAGAAUGAGCAAAACGUGAAGAACCGCGCUCGCGAGAAACUUUUCACGGAACAAAUCGAGGAGCGUAAGAAGGAGGACCUGGCGUGGGCAGAGGUUGCACAGUUCUACAACGCACAUCAGGCAAAUGUACUCUCGGGCAUCAGUCAAAAAAGUCGUGCUUCUUCUAAAGCUAAGGGCAAGCAAAGGGCUGGCUCGCAAGAACCAGAAAGCUUGGAACCCUGGGAAAACGAAUUACCAGAUGUCUUUCGAGGGCCUAGGGGGUAUGACCUUGCUAAGCACUUGUUGGAAGUUGGUGUUGAAGGUAUCGGGAAACCAGAUUCUCGGCGAGAGGAUCUUGAAUACAAGGAGGACCGAUUACUUGCCGCCGCUUCCGUUGCGCGUCAAUUUACCCAAAUAGCAGCGUUAGAUCUUGACCGGCGAUUUUCUCUUUUGUCUACUUCCCUUGCACAACGGACGUUACCAUCAUCCACCGGAGCCUCACUAAGUGGGCAACAAGUACUAUCGAACUUUGUACCCGCAACGUCUUUACCCGCGUCUCGAAAUCCUGCACUAGACGCGCAGGACCUACUGCGAGCGCUCACGCGAACGGAUGCUGCUCGUCCGAGAGGUCAACUCGGUGACGCAGCUCGACGUGCAGCGAAGGAUGUGCAACGAGCUCGAGAGUCGCAGGCUCAUCAAACAGCUGAAGGUGGAAUUCACGUAUUGGAGCGGAAGCUUACGGACGUCCCUCCACCGACACCUCGGAAACCGCCAGGUACACCAAAACGUUCGACUACGCCUGGGGCCUCGCGACGGUAGACUUUCUCGUAUACAAGCCUUCUCUUUGCUUCGCUCGUGUUCUCGUUCGGUGUUACCAUUCUUUGACGCAUCUUCGGUCUUCU